AUGACGUGCAAUCCGCCGGACUACCUCUCGAUCGCUGAUCGCGAUGGGUCAGCUCCAGCUAGCCGGACGCUGCGCAACCAGCUGCUGCGUCCGUUGGAGGGCAGCGAGUUGGGAGCGACGAUCCUCAAGCACCAGGAAGUGGCGUCCUUCUUGCGCGGAAAGCAAACCGGCCGCAUGGUCGGCGAGGUGUUGGGCAUGUGCCCCGCCAAGGAGAUAAAGCAGAAGUUGGAGAUGAACACGGCGAGUGACCUCGAGCGCAUCUGCAGCACGAAGGUUAACCCGCGACUGGCGCUGAAGAGCUUCCAGCGUUCCGACGCAAGCCGCGUGUUCAAGCCGGAGGAGACCCGACCCGCGGUCUGGUGUCGUCGCACCAUCUUCAACAUCCUGUGCUACUUCGUGGACGCAGACCUGGUGCAGAAGCCCUACUUGAUGCCGAAGAAGUUUUCGUACCUGGACGUCUACAACUUCCUGCGUGACCGCCUGCGCAGCAUUUGGCAAGACCUCACGGUGCAGCACUGCACCAAGCACCGCGCCUACAUCGAGUGUUUCGAGAUCAGCAUUCGCUUUUUGAUUUACUCCAACGAGCAGCUUUGCGAGAAUGAGGAAUACGACAUCGCCCAGAACCGCGGCCUGCUCAACACGUGUCUAGACAAGCUGAUGGAGGGCUACGAGGCCGUGCACAAGUACAAGAAUGCCCGGAAGUCGAAGCGCCAGAUGGAGCAGCAGAGUGGCGCGAACCCGAACUUUGACGAGGUGAUGGACAUUCUGGUGUACCAGUCUCCGCAUGAGGCCGAAUUUUGGGGAUACCGGCUGCUGCUGCAUAUCCCCCAGCUUCUGCUUCCUGGCGGCUCCGCAACCUUUUGCGACAUCAAACAGCGCAUGCCGGAAUCACUGCGCGAGUCCCCGGUUGUGGCCUUUGCCGUGGAGGUGUGCCACACGGCUGCGUCGCGCAACCUGUAUCGCUACUUCACGCUGCUGCGCCGCGAGGACUGCCCUGCGCUUUACGCGGCGCUGAUGAACAGGUUCGCAGCCUGCCUGAGGGUCCAGUUCCUGGAGACCUUGGUUGUGUACAAGGUUGCGAAGAAGGGCGUGAACCCUAUGGACAUGGAAACUUUCAACUCGAUCUUCGGCUUCGACGGCGAACCUGCGGCUAGCGCCGAGAAGCUGUUCAAGAAGUACGAUAUCACCGUGUACAGCUCCGGCGACAAGCAGUUUUUGGAGUUUGAGGGCGCCAAUGCCAACCAGUUGACGUACGACAGCGCGGCGUUGCAGAAGCUGACCAACAAGUUCCAGACGACAAGCUCGGUGGUCGGCUCAAAGCUCGCAAGUUUUGCCUCACGCCAACUUAUCUUCGACCCCGAUUUUGAGUACCCUGAAGGAUUAGGACCAGACACCCCGGGAACGCCGUAUGUUGAGGAAAUUCCCCCGAAACCCGAGCCACCGGCUGCACCCGUCGAACCUCCGCAGCCGAAGUUCACUUUUGGCAAGUCUAGUUUUGCGGGCUUCCCUCCUGUGAGUGCGCCUAUUGGAGGCGGUUUACCAGCCGUUGGUUCAGGUUUCGAUCCCCCAGCGACGAGCAAAGUUGCCUUCUCAUUCGGGCAGCUGCAGGGUGCCCCGGAAUCCAAGCCAUUUAGCAUCUUCGGAUUCGGUGCGCAGGCCUCGGAACCUAAGCCGUUCGCAUUCGGACCACCCCCUACCGCGCCAGACCAGAAGAUCUUCGGGUUUGGCCCCGGAGCCGCGACCCCUGCAAACAACACUAACCCGUUUGCUUCAAGCUUCCCAACUCCAGGCAUGCCUCCACCAGCGCCGUCACAGCCGUUGCUGACCCAGACUGCAGCCACAACCCCUUCCAAUGACGUCAAGCCUUUCACAUUCGGCGCUACGCCCGAGCCCAAACCAAAAUUUACUUUUGGUGCUGCUCCCGCUGCUGCAGAGCAGGCUUCGGACAAGGCUGUACCUGCUCCGCCAGGCAAUACCGGUUCUGUCGGAACACCGCCCAAAUCUGCACGGCUACGUAUGCCGCCAUCGAGUGGUAUACGCGCAUCUACCCUGCCAGCAGAAUCGGGCAGCAAUGCCAAUGCGGUGAGUGGCGACAGCACGUGUGAGCCAGGGGAAAAGUCGUCGAAGAGUGCUUUCGGGCUUCAACCGCCACCAUCUGAAGACAAAGCAACGCCGAAACCGUUGUUUUCAUUUACGGUCAACAGCUUCUUCGGAAACGAAACGGAGCCCACGCUGUUCAAGCCACCAAUCACAGCAGCUGCGGGUAAGGAUGCCAACAAAGAGGCCGCUCCAGCAGCGGCGACCCCAGGAGUGAUCGAUGAAGUAAAGGCGUUGUUUGGUAUUACGGACCCCAAACCUGCGUUCCCCAACCUCUUCGGCAAGCAGACCACGGAUGCGGCUGCUCCGCAGUUGCCAUUAUUCGGCAACAUCCAGCCAACUCCGACUGCCGAUCCUCCUAGCGCUGCGAACGUCCCGCAGCCGUCGGCUCCAAGUGAGGAGGUAGAAAGUCACGAAUCAGCCCAGAGUGAGGAUGAACCCGAGGAUAUUUACUCGUUGGAAAGGGUCAUAGAAGCCUAUGAAAAUGCGAAGGCAGUCAAGCGAGUAAAGCUAAUACGACCCAAGCUCCCUGGUGACGUUAACUCCAUGCGUAUAGAAGGUGCCGUGCAGAUGUCUGCAGAUAAGCGUCUGCUGCAUCAUCUUCGGGACCUGGUGGGAUCACUGGUGGACCGUACAGUGACUGGCGCGAUGUUAGACCGACGCUUGCACAACCAGUUCGACGACCCGAUCGCUUUGUGUGGGUUAGAUGAGCCUGCGAGAAAGCGUUACCGGCGUUCGGUCAGGUCCCCGUCGUCUGAUGCCAACGUGAGUCAUGUGGAUGCCUAUGGAGCGUCGCCAACCUCUUCUCGCCGGGAUUUGGGAGAGGUCAAAGGAUUAUCGGCACGGCUAACCCCCGUUGAUGGCAUUAUGAGCGAAGGUGGCGUCAGGGACAGAGCCGCCCAUCGAUGUGUUGAGGUUCUCUACCUGAAUCGGCGCGGCAGCGAGCGUUUCCUGGUUAAAGCUUACAUCAAGCACCUGGUUGACCACGGGGUCAGGAGCAUCAUAAAGCCUUGUUAUACCUGUGAGUCGUGCUGGAGUAACAACGGUUACGACAUGCGAGACGUUUUAAAGAUGCUAGGCUCCUCAACAGUGCAGAUAACUAAAGGAGUGUACCGGCUGGCACGGUUCAUCGUCAGGCAUGCAUCCAGAGCCACAGUCAAGGUGGUCAAAUAUGUUCAUAAGCGGCUACGUGAUUCCCGAGGUGACGACAGCGAGACCGACGUUCCAUACUCCCCGCCACUGAUGCAUUGCGAUGGUGUGGGACAUCUCGACCUGGCCGUAGUCACCGAACGUGCAUUAAAAGACAUGGCUAUUUCGACCAGUUCGCGUGCACUUGCCACGGGGAAAUAUUUGGCGGGCGUAUACGGGAGUUCUUCACGUUUGGCGCACAGAUUUGCCGACUGCUUCAAGGAAUCGUUGAAUAGCGAUGCUUCGCCACUGGAACUGUUGCUACGCGUGGCCAUCAAAAGGUUGGAUUUUAUCGUUGGGAGCACCACUGCAAACAUGCAUGACAGUUUGGGCUACCAAGCACCCCUGCACACUUACAGCGUUUGGGGCACGGGCAUUUCUUUCCACGUGGCCUUCUUUGACCCCUUGUUGGUACGGAGUGAGUUGUUGGCAUCGUCACCUAGCGGGUCGAAAGGUCGCGACCUCACGGCUGAAGGGCCGCUCGGACGGUUAAUUGAGGAGUACCACAGUUCCGACUACUGCCUGCGUCUAAAGCAGGAUGUGCUGCACAUGUCAGGGUUUGAAAUUGGUGCCGAUCGUUUGUUCCUGGGUGGAUGCGCUUCGAGGCGGUUGGCGAUGCAGUGCUGUUCUGCCAGCCCGCUGCAAACACGGAAGGAUAGCGACCCCGAAAAGACUGCAUUGCCAUUAACGGUAGCGGUGUCUUUGAACUUGCGCGAUGAUGGCUUCGGCAUACAAAGGGAGGUUCGGUUUACGCCAUGCUCAAGAGAACAUACUGUGUCGUCUCUGUCUCACGGUCUCCAAACGAGCGGACCUCAUGACGGCGAUGUAAACGGUGCUACUGUGGCUGUGGAUUACCGUCUUUGCCACCGUUUUGAAGUGAUUCAUCCGGACGAUCCGAGGUACCAUAAUACGGUGUCAAUUGCUCUGUAUGCCCACUCGUGUCCCGUAUACAUCGGCAAGGAGGGGCUGCUGCACGAGCUGUUCACAUGCGCAGUAAUGCCAGAUCUGCCAACGGUUGCCGUCGGCGCUUCUGGUAUAGACUCCUACGGCGUCCUGUCAACGCUGAUGCAUGCCAGCGGGCCCGAAAUCGGGGGGCAGUACCGCACGUGCGUGGUGUGCUACCGUCUGUCCGUUUCCACUCUGGACCUGCUGACCUUGUACGAGUACUUCAACACGAGCCUGCCAAACACGGUGAGCGUGUGUGGUUGUGCUGAGAAGAACCGAGAGACAUGCGCGACGAGGCUUGAGCAGGUUCUGUCGUCGGUGGAGGAACAGAUGUUGGCCGAGGUCAUCAGGUACGCGUCCAGCGUUGGCGUGCCUGUUGACGCCAGCUUGAUGCGCACGCGCAUUGUGUUCGCAUGUGUUGGUUUCGAGCAGCAUUACGACGAGCAAAGCGCUUCCAAGGCCAUCUGUCCUAAGUGUAGGGAGCCGGAUACCCCCAGAGGUCGGGAAGCCACAAGUCAAGACAACAUUGCAUUACCCAACCACGGAAACGAAGUGUCUAAUAAUACGGGUUUCCAAUCGGUAAUACGUAUUCCUCGCAUGACGUACCCCGAGGGAUUCCGAAGAGGCCUCGAAAUGGCCGCUGAUGCGACUGUAAAAUCGCAAGCAGUGUUUGUGCUUCAGAACCCGUUCGCAAUCCCGGAUAUUCACACAUUCCUCUUGCGGCUUUUGAAGUCGUCGCAGUCGGGUGCCGAAGGCCUGUCUACGGAUCUUCCAGGAAUGCUAACGGCGUGCCUCGAUCGCACAAUAUCGCACGUUACAUCGCAUUUCGCCGUGAGCCACUGGGAUGUCAACACAAGCGCCGUUAUUCAGCAGGAUGUCGAAAUACCUGCUGAAUUCGGUAUAGAUGCUGAGCCGCUUUCGAGGUACUCCAAGGAAUCGUAUAUGCUGCUGCUGCGCGCCUUGCAGAUGGCGGCCACGGCCAGCUCCGGAGCCUCCCGUAAGAACGUUAAAGCGAGUAUGGCGGCUGCAGAACCGGACAACCCCGACGCCCUCAUCUCGAGAGUGCUGGACAAGGUCAUAGUGCGCACGUAUCACGUGCCGUAUUCCAUUGGCCUUUAUAUGGAUACCGUCGGUAGCAAGCAUUCAGCUUAG